UGUCAGUUUCGAUGGUUCUGUCAAAGUAGGCAGCUGUUUACGUUUUGUAUCGUUAUUUUGCGAUCGUUUUGCACAACUUUUGUUAUAUCUUAUUGUUUUUAUGCCAACGCUUUACCCCGACGUUUUUAUGGUGAAACAUACUUGUGAUAUUUCGAUAUCUUUGUACCAUGUCAGAUGUCAAGAGGUGAAUAGUCUGUGUUUUGUGUUCUAACCUGUGAGUGACAGUUUUUUAUAUUGUUUGGGAUUUGGAGCGAUAAACAUAUCGGUAUCGGGAGGUGGGAUGACAGCGUGUUGAGUGGCAUCGCGUCGCGGUAUGGUGUUGUGUUUGUGUGCGUGCAUCCGCGUGUGAGUAUUGUGUGUCGCCGGCCGAUGGUGGCAGCGUUGUAGUGUUAGCGUGAGUUAUGGUGUGGUCAUGGCGCUCGGUGGCGCUGGUGGCGACGGUGGCGGCGGUCGCGGUGCUGCACGCGGCGCACGCGCUGCCCGGCACGCUGUAUCACAACCAAUUCGCGGUGCACGUGCCCGCAGGAGCCGACCAUGUCGACGACAUCGCCAGGAGGCACGGUUUCGUCAAUCAUGGACAGAUUGGCGCUUUAAAAGGAUACUAUCUGUUGUCACACCACGAGAUCCACAAGCGGUCGACUGAGCCCAGUCAUGAACACCAUAGGAAAUUAAACGAGGAACCACAGGUGCGGUGGGUCCAGCAACAGCGCGAGCGGCGGAGAGUGAAGCGUGACUACAACCCGUAUGACGCUGCUCUGUGGUCGCAGCUCAACAGGAGGCUGCCGGCGCAUCGCACGCAUCACCGCGCGCUCUCAUCGUCGUCACCUUUCUUCCCAGACCCGCUCUUCAAAGAGCAGUGGUAUCUGAAUGGUGGAGCUAAAGAUGGGCUGGAUAUGAACGUGUCUCCAGCUUGGCAGAAGGGCUAUACAGGAAAGGGCGUCGUCGUAUCUAUCCUUGAUGACGGUAUCCAAACUAAUCACCCUGACCUUGCUCAAAACUACGAUCCCAAUGCCUCAACCGAUAUAAAUGGAAAUGACGAAGAUCCCAUGCCUCAAGAUAAUGGUGAUAACAAACACGGUACAAGAUGUGCGGGAGAGGUUGCAGCAGUUGCCUACAACCAAUACUGUGGAGUUGGCAUUGCCUACAACGCUAGUAUAGGUGGAGUAAGAAUGUUGGACGGCGUAGUCAAUGACGCCGUUGAAGCAAGAGCUUUGGGACUCAACCCGGACCAUAUUGACAUAUAUAGUGCGUCGUGGGGUCCCGAAGACGACGGAAAAACCGUUGAUGGACCAGGACCGCUAGCCAGGAGAGCAUUUAUUUAUGGAGUAACAAGUGGUCGUCGUGGCAAGGGAUCUAUUUUUGUUUGGGCGUCAGGAAACGGCGGAAGACAUACAGACUCUUGCAACUGCGAUGGCUACACUAACAGUAUAUUUACACUGUCAAUAUCUAGUGCUACACAAGGAGGAUACAAACCUUGGUAUUUAGAAGAGUGCUCUUCUACCCUAGCAACAACAUACAGUUCAGGCACGCCUGGACAUGAUAAGAGUGUUGCUACAGUUGAUAUGGAUGGAAGAUUAAGAGCUGAUCAUAUUUGUACUGUAGAGCACACGGGAACAUCAGCUUCCGCUCCGUUGGCAGCUGGUAUCUGUGCCUUAGCUUUAGAAGCCAAUCCUGACUUGACGUGGAGAGACAUGCAAUAUUUAGUAGUAUUAACUUCACGACCGCAACCACUCGAGAAGGAAACAGGGUGGGUCGUUAACGGCGUGAAGAGAAAAGUAAGUCACAAGUUUGGAUACGGAUUGAUGGAUGCUUCAGAAAUGGUGAGCCUCGCUGAGCAGUGGGUAUCAGUCCCACCCCAGCAUAUUUGUAAGUCACAAGAAAUUAAUGAAGAUAAGCCCAUAGAGUCAUCUUUUGGCUAUAGUUUAGCCGUUCAUAUGGACGUUAACGGCUGUAGUGGUACAGUAAAUGAAGUACGUCACCUUGAACAUGUACAAUGCAAAAUAUCUCUUAGAUUUUUCCCACGAGGUAAUUUAAGAAUUUUACUAACUUCGCCAAUGGGGACGACAUCAACACUACUUUUUGAAAGACCUCGUGACGUCGUCAGCUCGAACUUUGAUGAUUGGCCAUUCUUAAGUGUGCAUUUCUGGGGAGAACACGCAGAAGGAAGGUGGAAAUUGCAAAUCGUAAAUGGUGGAAACAGACAUGUGAAUCAACCAGGAAUUUUAAAGAAAUGGCAACUUAUCUUCUAUGGAACGGCGGUCGACCCUAUAAGGCUUCGUUCAAAGAGACCGUCGCCUGUCGCACCUCCGUUUGCAUUCCCAACCGCCGCGGACGGUUACGAAGCUAUCGGUGAUUCUUUUUACAACACUGACGCGUUUGCCAACUAUCAAAACUAUCCAACUCUUUUCGCCGCUGGUUCCGAUCCAGAGAAGGCAGUGGCUCGUCUCGACGGACAUAACGUCCCUUCACCGCAUGGGGAGAAUGUCCUCGCCGAUAGUAAUGACAAGCGCGUCAUGCACGAAUGUGACCCUGAAUGCGAUUCUCAAGGCUGCUAUGGUAAAGGACCUACUCAAUGUAUAGCUUGCAAACAUUAUCGUCUUGACGAUGCCUGUGUUUCCCGUUGUCCACCGAGAAGUUACGCCAAUCAAGGCGCAGUUUGUUGGCCAUGUCAUGAAUCAUGUGAAACAUGCGUAGGGCCUGGACAGGACUCUUGUUUAACGUGUGCUCCGUCUCAUCUUCUCGUCGCAGAUUUAGCGGUCUGUUUGCAGCAAUGUCCAGAUGGCUAUUGGGAGGACACUGAAUCUUCAGUUUGUCGUCCAUGUGCUGCUCACUGCGCAACGUGUUCCGAACGUUCGGACGCGUGUACUUCUUGCGAACAUCACUUGGUUCUCUUCCAAGGGUCUUGCAUGGCGAUUUGUCCACCAGGUUAUUACGAAACGGAGGAUUAUUUGUGCGCUAAAUGUCAUUCGACUUGCGAUACCUGUGAGGGUCCUGGGGAAGCGCAGUGCGUUACGUGUCACGCGACAACGUACACCUUGGACGGGCGUUGCGUUGCGUCUUGUCCAGCCGGGUACUACGCAGAUAAAAAGAGAAAGGAGUGUAUGAAGUGUUCAAUCGGCUGCGAGUCAUGCACAAGCGCUUUCUGCCUUACUUGUAGCCAAAACUGGGAACUGAAUAAGAAAGGCAAAUGUUUGCCAAAGGGAUCAGAACGUUGUCUGGCAGGAGAGUUCAUCGACAAGCAGGCGUGUCGUCGGUGUAACGACGCCUGCGGAUCAUGUUACGGAUCAGACGAUAGCCACUGUCUGACUUGCCAGUCGCCAAAUCUACUACAAGAUUACAGAUGCGUGUCAGAAUGCGCUAGAGGGUAUUACGGGGAGGCGGGGCGCUGCUUGCGUUGCGUGCACGGGUGCGCUACAUGUGCGUCGAGACUCAACUGUACCACGUGCGCCGGAUCACUAAGACUGCAGUCCGGAGCUUGUAGGACGGCUUGCGCUGAUGGAUACUACGCGGAUCGCGGCACGUGUUCCAAGUGUUAUCUAUCCUGUCGAACCUGCAUCGGACCGAGGCGUGAUCAAUGCGCUUCGUGUCCGCUGGGAUGGAGGCUAGCGGCCGGCGAGUGCCAUCCUGAGUGCCCACAAGGCUUCUACCAGAGCUCAAGUGGCUGCCGCCACUGCCACCACUACUGCCGAGAGUGUGACGGAUCCGGUCCUCUGCACUGCAAAUCAUGCCCACCAGGCUUCAUGUUAGAUGGCGGGCUUUGUAUGGAGUGCCUCGGAUCACAAUUCUACGACGCCAGCAGUGGAACCUGCAAGGCUUGUGACGGCUCCUGUAGAACUUGCUCUGGACCCGGUCAGUUCAGCUGUACUGGGUGUUCGAGACCUCUAAGGCUUGACAGAUUAAACAACCAAUGUGUAACGUGCUGUGCGGAGCGCGGAGUCACUGGCAACGCGACGGCCGCGGAUUGUUGCCACUGCCAUCCUGAGACUGGCGAAUGCAUAAAUUCGUCAGUAGCGGGCAAGCGGCGGAUAGCGGAGUGGGGCGCCUUGCACACCGAAGAGAGCGAGCGAGCGCUGCCGAGCGUCGCGAUGACAGUCAUUGCGGUGUGCGCGGCGGCCGCCACCAUAUUCUUUGUUGUACUCAUGGUGUUACAGAGCCGGAGUUCGCGUGAGGUACGCGCCCGCAGCCGCGGCGCGCUGUACUCGCCGCUGGCGUACACAGACGACGGCGACGUAGCGGUCCUCGCCUCUCGCACCGCCUUCCCCGUGCACGACGACCCCGAACCAGAACAACACCCCCUGCUAGAACAUUCCACAUAGCGCGCGCUGUGAUCCUAGACGUAAGUGAGUUCACGCGGAACAAAGUGAUUUUAACGCGAGUUUCAAUAGUAGACGUAAGUUUCAAUUAGUGAUACGCGGCCACAACUUCCUACAGUAAUGUUAAAGGACCAGUAAUACGUAAAGUUGAUGGUUAGUUCUAAUUUAGUUACGCGUUAUGACAACGACAUUGGAUUGGACUUUUGCGAUAAAACAAGGGGAGAGAUGAGUAAACAUCCAUUUGUGAGCAGCAGGGUGUGCACGACAACCGCGUCGCGUGUGGCGCGAAUUAUAUCGAGGGUUUCGGUCAAUAUAGUCGUAUGGUUAUUGGUCGACGCCCUCGAUAUAAUUGGAGCGGCGCGCGGCGCUGUUGCUGUGCCGCGACGGCUGUAGUUUGAUCUUACCGUAAUCCUAUAUCGCUUGGAGUGGUAAAGCCUAUAGAAUCAAAGUCUUGCAAGUGGAUGUUUGGCACUGUCUUGAUGUCAGUGUAUCCAAACACCCGUCAGGACGCUGACAACAUUGACAAGUGUAAAUCCCAUUUACUAUUCGUAGCCUGUGCAGUAGAUAGGCGGGUAUUUACUGUUUCCACUUUGUAUGUACGAAUUUUGCAGGCGCCUCAUGCAACGGAGAGAUAUGUGAUAUGACUGUUCGUGAUAUUGAACGAUUCAUAACUCUAUACGUAUUGAGAAUUCGUAACUUUCAUCUAGGUACUAAGCAUUACAUAAGGACGAGCUAUUAUGUUACCCAAUUACGAGACAAGGUACGUCUGAAACGCGAUAAUCUUGAUGCUUUCGUAAUCUUUGGUACAGUCGUGAGCAAUAUCAUGUACCCACUUUAGAACCCUGUCGCUUUAUCAUAUUCGACAUGUAGUGAGACUUGUCAAAAAAGUUAAUGUGACAUGGUACUUAAGUGUGUAGGUACUUUAAUGCUGGUGAUCGUGACCGCACCAUCUUGUACAUUUGCUACAGUACUUAUAACUUGCGUAUCUUAGUACUUCGGCUUCGCAAGAACAAUCAUAUAUUGCUAAGGAUGGUAUUAAUAAACUAAUCUUAGCUUUGAGACUCACCUCAAGAUCAUGGCAAUGUGACUGUUCUUAUAUAAAAACAGGGACUUGAGCAUUAUCUUGAAGGCAGUCUCAGCUGAAAUUAGUUUAUUAAUACCACCCUAAGAAUCAUACAAAUACUUUCUUGAGCACAUGACAGCGGGCGGCCUUAUUGUUGCUAUACAAAUUUGUUCCACCCAACCAUUGGGUACAGUGAUCAAUAAUCAUGUGAGCAAAUCGUUCAAUAUUGUGGAUACGAUAAAGAUGUACCUCUUCAUUGUACUUGGGAACUGUACUAGAUGUAAAUUGUAAGUAUGAUAUGAACAAACGUUCGAAGAGUAGAACGGGCCAUAGCCCGAUAUUGUGAUAUGGAUCGAUUAGUUAAAUAUUGCCUUUUAUAUUAUUUGCUGUUGCCCACGUAUGGAGGUGUUAUUAGCUCUAAUGACUUGACAAAUUGAUAUUGAAGUUCAGAAAAGCUGUCCACAUGAGCGGAAAUUUCCCUUAAAAUAAUGGUUAAAGCAUUACACUAACUUUUCCAACUAAACGUCAACACUAAAUUACUAUGGAAUUUGUAUGAAAAUGCACACCGUGACGAUAUAAAUCGUCAUAAAAAGUCGGACUUAUUAUUAUGUUUUUCUUGAUGAAAAUUCAUAAAUAAGUUAAAUCGAUUUAUGAUGGGUAAUAAGAAUUGCAUAAUUUAACUUUGACCACACCCCGGUCACUUAAUACAGAAAUCUCGUUUCACACAAACACUACACUUUGACGUUAUUGUACACGCGUAUCUGUGUGUGUGACGACUGACGACGAUACGAUCGAAGACUCAAGUAAGACCGGGGGGGGAGGUAAACCUAGUUCAGUCGCCGGCGAGGAGAGGAGAGUUGCCGUUCUAUACGGAGUAUUAUUCCUUAUUAUAUCCUUUUACCUAGGAUACUACCAUCAUGUUCAUAUUGUUCAUGUUAUACAUAUUCAAAUUUCAGUAUAUAUUAACACAUAAGAACAUCGCGUUUUCAUUCUUGGUAUGGGUAUGUGUUAGGGGCGGGGAGUUUCCAGCCUACAUUAAUAAAAACUUGUAAUACAUUAAAAACAACUUGUAAUUAUUAAAAAUAUUUCGAAUCAAUUUCAAAUUAAAAGUAUGGUAUGUAGCUCUGUGAGCCGUGCUAAAUUCAGUUUGUCAGCAUUCCCAAUAGAAUUUAAUCUAUCAUAUUAGUUUGAAACAGUGAUUGUUCAUCAUAAAUUCUCUCUAACCAAUUUCGCAGUUUAAAAAAUAUACGAAGCUACUGAACCCUGUAAAAUCAAUAACUAAAACCAAACUGUAGAAUUGCCGGCUUGUUAGUUCUCACUAGGGAUCAAUACUAUGACCUAGUGUCAUUGAACCGUGUUUGAAACUUGUAAUUUAUGUUGUGACGUAAUAUUUAAGAACCUUUUUAUGCUGUUUCAACGAGAAAACAUUUCUAGAAUUUUCUAUACUUUUGGAGAACUUAGAUACUAAGGGCUUUUUAUUUUUCACGCGUUAUUUGAAGGUAGUGUUGCUAUUGUGAUGUAAAGUACACCAACUUUUGCCUCGCCUUUCGCUUUGGGUACGGGUAAUUGAAUAACACAUUUCGUACGGUAAGUAACAGAUAUUUUUACCAAUACAUAUUUUUGUUGACGUCACUAUGAUCAUGUGUUUCACCGGUUUGCUUCUCAGACGUGGAGAUCCGGUUCGAGCCGGUUUCCGACUUGCACCAAUUUCUUUGCACUAAAAUAGUUGGCUCGACCAUUCAUAGACGGAUAGAUCAGUGAAGCGUCGGUACUUCAUUCAUCUUGUAAUAGCCCAAUUGUGAAUAUAGUCCUGAUGCUUAUGCUUACAUAUGUUACGUUAUAUUUUUUAUCGACCCAAUAAUUGCAUUUUUUUUUUGGAAAUCUGCCUCCCUUAAAAGAGAGGAUGAAAUUUGAUAUGGGACUUUUCGGAGUUUUCAAGGUAGGAAACUAAAAAAGGUUGUUACCCCGAAUUUAACGCGAGCGAAGUCGCAGGCAAAAGCUAAUAAUAAAUAAAACAAAUUCGUAAUACUGCUUUUAUAUUGAUACCUACGUGUAAGUAUAGGUCAUCGAAGUGUAAUAGGUAAGUUACUAUUCCCAGGUCGUUAGCUCGUAGAGUUCGUAUGAAUACGUGUCAAUUACACCGCGAUAUGCAUAUCGCGCUUGUCAGUUAUCGACACUCGAUUUUUAUCACCACAACCUGAUUUCAAAGAUCACAAAAGGCCUCGGCGAACUUUUUCGAUUUCCCCGCUGUCAUUUCCUACAAGAGAGUGGUAUUGGUGUUCAUAUCUACAUUCCUUUUCUUUUCUUUUUACCGUCAGCACCGUCCAGAUAUCUAAAUUUGCAUUUUUAUAGUGCACAGAUUGUGAAUUUCCGUUUCAAAUGCGCUGCUUUCCCUACAAUUUCCUACUUCGUUUACUUUCUGGGCGGCUAAUAAAUAGGUUCCUUUAUGCUGUGAUUGAGUUGUUUGUUGGAAGUUGUCAGCAUCAACUAUUAACGCCAACUUUGGAAAUGCACUUCCAACACCGAAGUUUCGACUGCAUUACUCCAAGUUUCCGUCACAUCACUAGAGUUACUCGUCACAAAACAUAUUACAUUGAAUUAUUUAGCGAAGUUCUAAUCUGUUGUAACUGUAGGCAACAGCAAACAACAUAAAAGUCAGUAGAUGUAAUUAUCUGCGCCAUAGUAAAUGCCACAUAUGUUAUCGUCAUACUCAUAAAAUUCUACUCGACUACUUGAGCUCUCUUGAAUGACGUCACAACCUGUCUACUCUUGUAUUUUUAAUUAUAUCCUAAUUGUAAUUUAGUUUUUAGGUCCAAAAGUUACCAUAGAAAGCUGUAAAUUGUACAAUUUUUAUUUUGAACUUAAUUCAAGUAACGGCAAUAGCUGAUAAAUAGGAAAAUAUAUUUUUGUAGUUUAAAAAAUAAAUCAUGCCUUGUCAUAAUUUUAUUAUAAUUAUAAGUAGAAAAGCUUUUAGUUUUUUAAUGUAAUUAGUAAAAUUGUAAUCACUCUUAUUUUUAUUUAAAAAAAAAGUAAAACUGUCACAACCUUUCCAUUAAGAACUUUAAUGUAUUCUAAGAUGUGCGCAAAUUUUUCACCUCUAGUGAAUUUUCAUUAAUUAAUAUUGUGAUAAACAAAAAUAUAACUUCUAUGUAAGAUGUCGAUCAACGAUGUUCUCAUUAUAAUUAAAUAUAUAAAUAUUUAAAAUCAAAGAUAAAGUGUUACCAUUUUCCAUCACAAGUUGUAUAUAAAAUUUAGAUAGAUUGUUGAAUUGUUCAUAAAUAAUAUAAAAUAGAAAAGAAAAUUAUAUUGUUCAAAUUUUAUCUAAUGCUAGAUUGGAAGUCACAUAAUUGUUUACUUCAUUAUACUUACGUAUCUCGUUUCAGCUUGACUUUCAAUAACUAAUGUAAUUUAUUAAAAGCAUUAUUAUUAUUUAUGUAAAAUUUGAAUUUAAUUUGUUUAUGACUUGUAUUGUAGAUAGCUAGUUUUUAGUAAAAACAAACUUCUUGACAUCUGAUUUGUUCAGCACUUCUUAUGGGUACUUUGAUGAAUUUUCAAAAUUCUGUGUUUCAAUUUUCAGACUCGUUUAGUAAUAAAUAACAGUAGUUCCAAUCAAAAUUUUUAAUAUUUUCUAUUUAUGGAUUGUGGAUCUAUUCUAUUGCAGUUUUAUAGUUUGUUUUAGUGGGAAUCUUUUUAAUUAAGAGUAUAUUUUUGUAUGAAAUGUUCUUAUGUGCAAUUAAUAUUUGUAAUAAAACGGAAGUCUGUGUCAGA